CUCCAAACCUCAUCGGAUCGGGCUGCGCCUGACUCCGCCGCGCCGAGCCGCCGUCGAGCUGAGCACCGCCAUCUCGUCUCUCGUCACCGCAGACAAGCUCCGACGACGGCGCUUCAGUUUUCGGAUCGGUCGCGUUUUCGCUGUUUUCCUGUUUCCCGGUUUUCCUGCCGGCGCCGCACGGCAGAAACUGUAAACAUGGGAGCGGAGCGGCGGGAGCGGCGCGGGUCGGAGACGACGCCGCUUUUGAAGAAAACGCGACGACGCAGCAGGAAGGAACAGGCGGCCCCGCCGUCCCCUUGCCCAGAAUGGAUGCGGCAGCGGUACGUGUUGGUGGUGAUGGGCAUGCUGGGCAUGAUCAACGCCUUCACGAUGCGCGCCUGCCUCAACGUGGCCAUCACCCAGAUGACGGCACCGCCCAGCCAGCCCGGCGGCGAGAACAAGACCAGCGAUGACUCCUGUCCCUUCGACCCUCCGGCCGCCGGCUCCGACUCCUCGGGCAGUGCCGUCCAGAAGGAGUACCCGUUCAACUGGGACUCGGAGCAACAGGGGCUCAUCCUGGGCGCCUUCUACAUCGGCUACAUCUUCACGCACAUCCCCGGCGGCCAGAUCGCCGACCGGUACGGCGGCAAGCACACCCUGGGCCUCGGCAUCCUGGCCACGGCCAUCUGCACCUUCCUCACGCCCGCGGCCUGCAAGCUCGGCGACGUGGCCGGCGCCGUCAUCGUGCGCAUCCUCAUGGGGCUGGGCGAGGGCGUCACCUUCCCGGCCAUCUUCGUGCUGCUGGCCAAGUGGGCCCCCGAGCGAGAGCGCAGCUUGAUGGGGACCAUCGUGCUGGCCGGGCCGCAGGUGGGCACACUGGUGGGCAACGCGCUGUCGGGCUUCUUCCUGGACUGGUUCGUGUGGGAGACGACCUUCUACGUGUACGGCGGCCUGGGCCUCGCCUGGUGGUUCUUCUGGUGCUUCCUGUGCUACUCAGACCCCAACCAGCACCCCUUCAUCGGCGACAAGGAGCUCAAGUACCUGAACGACAACGUGACGGGCCUCAAGGAGCAGGAUAACGAGAAGGAGCACGUCAAGACCCCCUGGAAGUCCAUCCUGACCUCCAUGCCCGUCCUGGCCCUCAUCACCACCGAGGUCGGCCACGACUGGGGCUUCUACACCAUGGUCACCGACUUGCCCAAGUACAUGUCCGACGUGCAGCACUUCAAGAUCUCCAGCAACGGCACCAUGUCCGCGCUCCCCUUCAUCUGCAUGUGGAUCUCCUCCAUGGUGCUGAGCGCGACCGGAGACUGGAUCACCAGCAAGCGGGUCAUCUCCAACACACUGCUGAGGAAAAUUUUCACCACCAUCGGCUCGGUGGGCCCCGGCGCCUUCCUGCUGUGGGCGUCGUACGCGGGCUGCAACAAGUACUUCGUGGUGGCGCUGUUCUGUAUCGGCAUGACCACCAUGGGCGCCUUCUACCCGGGCAUGCGCGUCAACGCGCUGGACCUGAGUCCGCGGCACGCCGGCACCAUCGGCGCCCUCAUGAACGGCACCGGGGCGCUGGCCGGCGUCGCGGCGCCCUACGCCAUCGGGCUCAUCGCCCCCAACGGUUUGAUGUCGGAGUGGCAGACGGUGUUCAUCAUCAACUUCGCCAUCAUGGGCAUCACCAACGUUGCCUUCAUCAUCUGGGGCUCGGGAGAGCGGCAAUGGUGGGACGACCCCCACGGGAAGCCGCCGGGCCACGUCGAGGACCCCGAGGACGACAUCAAGGCCGUCAAGGGCCCCGCCAUGGCGUCCACCGCCAUGUGAAGGAACCAAAGACUGCCAUGAACUGACCAACUGGCGGCCUCCUCGUGCUCCACCGGGAGCCGAACGAGGUCGCCGACGACGCGUGCCGCGCCCUGCAGGCCGCCGUCAGGCCGCCACCGCCAACCGCCAGGCCGGCACGAAAUCCCAGUGAACCAACGAACGGCCGCGCGCAAGCAUAUGUGGCACAGUGCGUUCCCGCCCCGCUGAAAGAAAGAAAAAAAGUAUGUCGCGUGGGCGAUGUGUCACGAAACCGUCACGCGAGCGUUCUGGCGUGUCGCGCGGACGCGGCCGUGACGAAGUCUGUGACGAGGCCUGUGACACGUUGACCAGAACAAUGCGGUCCCUGUGUUUGCGCACUCUGCUCAUUUGUACAUUGUAAAUAUGUAUGAUUGCAUGUCAAGUGCUUCCAGCUAGUCAUCUUCGAGUGUGCCAUGUGUGUGCCUUAGUGUCGUCAUUAGUGUUAAGAGCGCCGCGCUGUAAGGGAUUGCCACUACUCUGUAACACCUGCCGUAGCGACUCGUUUCGGGAUCGAGUGGAAGUGCAAUCCCACCAUCAAGACAAGAUGAGUCUCCUUGCCCGUCAUUACUUCAUUCAUAAAAUUCAAGGAAACCAUCGACACCCUGUAUUAAAGAAAAGAUUCAUGUUCAUAUAGUUGAGAUCAAAGUUGAAAAGACAUAUGGAAUGUUUUAAAUAAAUUUUGUUGCCAUGUUUCA